GAGCACACCAUGCCCGGACCCCAGAUCUCCGACGCCGAGCUCGCGGCCAUCAACGCGGCCGCCGCCGUCAAGUCGUACGAGGUCAAGCCGCGUCUUGUCCCCUUGUCGUCCUCGACAAUGUCUCGGUACGUCGGGCUGCACGAACGGCACCGAGCAAAGCUCACGCUACCCCAGUUCCCUUCGUACAACGAAAUCGUCCAGCUCACCCUGCCUGACGGCUCGGUGCGCGGCGGCCAGGUGCUCGAAGUGAGCGGCAAGAAGGCCAUUGUGCAGGUCUUCGAGGGCACGUCGGGCGUCGACACGUCGGCCACGCGCAUCUCGUUCUCGGGCUCGUCGAUGAAGCUCGCCGUGUCCGAGGACAUGCUCGGCCGUGUGUUCAACGGCUCGGGUAACCCCAUUGACAAGGGACCGCGUGUCUGGGCCGAGGACUACCUCGACAUUAACGGCUCGCCCAUCAACCCCUACUCGCGCAUCUACCCCGAGGAGAUGAUCCAGACGGGCAUCUCGACCAUCGACACGAUGAACUCGAUUGCGCGUGGCCAGAAGAUCCCCAUCUUCUCCGCCGCCGGUCUCCCGCACAACGAGAUUGCCGCGCAGAUCUGUCGCCAGGCCGGCCUCGUCAAGCAGCCCGGCGCGACCAAGGGCGUGCACGACGGCCACGAGGACAACUUCUCGAUCGUCUUCGCCGCCAUGGGUGUCAACAUGGAGACUGCGCGUUUCUUCAUGCAGGACUUUGCCGAGUCGGGCGCCAUCUCCAACUCGACGCUGUUCAUCAACCUCGCCUCCGACCCCACCAUCGAGCGUAUCAUCACCCCCCGUCUCGCCCUCACCACGGCCGAGUACUUUGCCUACCAGCUCGAGAAGCACGUCCUCGUCGUCAUGACCGACAUGUCGUCGUACGCCGACGCUCUUCGUGAGGUCUCGGCCGCACGAGAGGAGGUCCCCGGUCGUCGUGGUUACCCCGGUUACCUCUACACCGACUUGUCGACCCUCUACGAGCGUGCCGGUCGUGUCGAGGGCCGCAACGGUUCCAUUACCCAGAUUCCUAUUCUUACCAUGCCCAACGACGACAUCACCCACCCUAUUCCUGACCUUACGGGUUACAUUACUGAGGGCCAGAUCUUCGUCGACCGUCAGCUCUCCAACCGUCAGAUCUACCCCCCGAUCAACGUCCUCCCCUCGCUCUCGCGUCUCAUGAAGAGCGCCAUCGGCGAGAAGCUUACCCGCAAGGACCACGGUGACGUGUCCAACCAGCUCUACGCCAAGUACGCUGUCGGCAAGGACGCCGCCUCGAUGAAGGCCGUCGUCGGUGAGGAGGCCCUGUCGGCCGACGACAAGCUUGCCCUCGAAUUCCUCGACCGCUUCGAGAAGGAGUUUGUCGGCCAGGGCGCCUACGAGUCGCGCACCAUCUUCGAGUCGCUCGACAUUGCCUGGGACCUGCUCCGCAUCUUCCCCAAGGAGUCUCUUAACCGUAUCAGCCCCAAGAUUCUCGCAGAGUUCUACUCUCGCAAGGCAAAGGAGGUGUCCGACAAGUCGGCCGCCAAGAAGCCCGAGGAGAACCUGAUAGAUGCUUAGGAGUUUAGUUGUCUCGUAAAUGUAUAAGCCUAGCUGCGGUGACGAUGAUGCAUCCAGUCUCUCGUAUAUCUAUGUUGAUGCUGCUGUGCCGUUGGCAGUCGGCGCGCCAAGCUUUGUAUUUCUCCUCUCCUCCUCGCGCUUGGCGAGGCGUGCGUCGACCUCGUUGUCGAGGCGGACAGUCUGCUCCCAGCGCUCGGUCGCGAGCGUGGCGUCGGGGUAGGUGAGCGCGACGAGUCUCGCGAGCUUCAUACGGCGCCGGAGACGUGCCUCUGCCGCCUCGACACUGCCCGCACCGGCAGCCUUGCGCUCCUCGACAAACCCAUCCUGGAUCGCCGUGCCGACCUCGUCGGGAAUGACAAUCUUGGCCGCCUGCCCGCUGGAGCCGUGGUACGCGAGGUACGCGCGGAACUCCGCGAGGUCAGCGUCGCUGGCCACCGCAGCGCCAGCCGCAAGCGUGACUGGCACAUGUACA